AUGGCAGCCAGGGAGGCGGAGCCUGUCACCUUCAUCAGCCUUCGGAAGCUGAGCCUGGCGACCCCCGAGCCACAGCCGAAAGAAACGAAGACAUUCACAGUGGAAGACGCCGUGGAGACUAUAGGCUUCGGUCGCUUCCACAUCGCGCUGUUUCUGAUCAUGGGCAGCACUGGGGUGGUGGAGGCCAUGGAGAUCAUGCUGAUUGCGGUGGUGUCCCCUGUGAUCCGCUGCGAAUGGCAGCUGGAGAACUGGCAGGUGGCGUUAGUGACCACGAUGGUGUUUUUUGGCUACAUGGUGUUCAGCAUCCUCUUCGGGGUCCUGGCCGACAGAUAUGGCCGCCGGAAGAUUCUGUUCGUCUCCUUCCUGUGGGGAGCCUACUUCUCCUUGUUGACCUCUUUCUCCCCCUCGUACAUCUGGUUUGUCUUCCUGAGGACCAUGGUGGGCUGUGGCGUGUCUGGCCAUUCACAGGGGUUAGUCAUAAAGACUGAAUUUUUGCCUACAAAAUAUCGAGGCUACAUGCUCCCCUUAUCUCAGGUUUUCUGGCUGGGGGGCUCCCUGCUCAUCAUCGGCCUGGCCUCCGUGGUCAUCCCCACCAUCGGGUGGCGCUGGCUUAUCCGCAUCGCCUCUAUUCCUGGCAUCAUCCUCAUCAUGGCCUUCAAGUUUAUUCCUGAAUCUGCCCGAUUCAAUGUCUCUACCGGGGACACUCAGGCUGCCCUGGCCACGCUGGAGAGCAUCGCCAAGAUGAACCGCUCAAACAUGCCACAGGGGAAGCUGGUGGAGCCCAUUCUGGAUAAAAGAGGAAGAUUUAAAGACUUACUGGAUGCUAAAUAUUUACGGACUACCUUACAGAUCUGGGUCAUAUGGCUGGGGAUCUCUUUCGCCUACUACGGGGUCAUCCUGGCCAGCGCGGAGCUGCUGGAGCGGGAUCUGGUCUGCGGGUCGCGGCCCGAGUCGGAGGACGUGGCGCCCCUGGGGGCCUCGGAGGAGACCCAGAGCACGUGCUACUGCCACAUGUUCGCCCCCUCCGACUACAAGACCAUGAUCAUCAGCACCCUCGGCGAGAUUGCACUGAACCCCUUAAACAUCCUGGGCAUUAACUUCCUGGGGAGACGGCUGAGCCUCUCUAUUACCAUGGGGUGCACCGCUUUAUUCUUCCUGCUCCUCAAUAUCUGCACUUCAAGCGCCGGGCUCAUUGGCUUCCUCUUCAUGCUGAGGGCUUUGGUAGCAGCCAACUUCAACACCAUCUACAUUUACACUGCUGAGGUCUACCCCACACCCAUGCGAGCUUUGGGGAUGGGGACCAGCGGCUCUCUGUGUCGCAUCGGGGCGAUGGUGGCACCAUUUAUAGCCCAGGUUCUGAUGAGCGCAUCCUUCCUGGGGGCCCUGUGUCUCUUUGCAUCAGUCUGUGUUGUCUGCGCCAUUUCUGCAUUUACUCUCCCCAUCGAGACCAAAGGACGGGCCCUGCAGCAAAUUAAAUGAAGACCUGGAAAACCUGUAUCGACCACAGAACUAUGGGACAUUUUUAAAAACCUGGUUUUAUUUCUGUAUACUACUGGUAUUUUAAGAAACUGAUUAUGUAAGACAUGAAUAAGGUGGGUUAACUGUAUAUCGUCUUCCCUGUGAGACAGCAGGUAGUUUAAGUUCUUUACCUAUUAAGAUUGAAAAGGUCUGUGGGAAAUGGCUUUCCUGCCUUGAUCUUGAAUCUGUUAGCCUUUGUGUCAGUAAUAAAUCUUAGAUAAAA